AUGGAACAGAUUCGUUCUGCAAGAAAUGUUCUCGUCGGAAUUCGAUUGAGGAUGCAAGCUAUGAAAGCGACAGCAAUCCUGAUAACAGGACACACACACAAGUCUGUCAAGAUCACCAACACGGGACUGCCAGUGACUCCGCAAGACAAGAGGCGAGCUCGGGCGCUGAGCAUCAGCUCCACCUCAAGCCUCUGCUCGAGCACUAGUACAAGUUCCUGGCCUUCCUCCAACGAGCUGCAGGACAUGAACUUUCUCAUCGAUGAGUACCAAGUGUGCGAUACAAUCCUCUCUACCAACUCGGCCACCAAACUUCCUCUUGCUGGCAUCAAGCGACACAUCAAGAAGUACGAAGGAGUUUCGAUGGUCGCGGCAGAGACUCCGAUGGUGGUGGCGAAGCUUUGUGAGAUCUUUGUCAAGGAGAUGUGCUCGUCAGUCACCAACGUCGAAGAGUCUGAAGUUCAGGCACGACACCUUGCUCAAUGCUUCAUGAAAGAUCAUUUUCAGAGGAUUUGGCUGAGACUUGCAUCGGAGGCAAAUCAAGAAACGACAGAGAAUGUUAAGCUUGUCUCCCUUGAGGUGUGUGUGAUCUCAGCGAGUUCAGGCACGAAUGACUUUGACCCAACAGGAUGA